AUGCCGCCCAAACCAUUUCCACAACUAUCACCACAUCAAGAGAAUGAUCUCAUUAUAAACACACAACAAUGGGCUCUUUCCAAUGGAUUGGUUAUGUACCCUCCCAACUUUGAGCUCUUUCAAGUAAAUGUGGCUCCAAUCACGUUAUUUCCUACACCAAUUCUCAAGUCCAGCUUCGAGCAAGCCAUAAAAGUACAGACUCUAUAUAACGAGUUGUACAUUAAUUUGAUAACGAAGAGAAAGGAAUGGUUGAUUGAUAUUUUAAAGAAUUUAGCUGAGUUUGAUCCUGACUUUUCAGGUAAAUUGUUUGACAUUUACCAAAAAUCAAUUGCUGAUGGCGUGUUGCAACCAUUAUCAUUGGGAAUUUUCAGAUCUGAUUAUAUGGUUGAUUCCUCUGCACAACAGAUUAAGCAAAUUGAAUUCAAUACAGUUAGUGUUUCAUUUGGUGGAUUGUCAACAAAAAUUGGCCAAUUGCAAUCAUUUUUGAAUUCUAGUGGGUUUUACGAUGACAAGUAUAAUUUUAAAUAUUAUGGUAAUGACGAACUCCCUAUCUCAACUUCGGUAAGUGAUAUAGCACAAGGUUUGGCCGAUGGAAACUUUUAUUACAAUGGCGAGGUUGAGAAUACAGAUACAAUCGUUUUAUUUGUUGUCCAACCUAAUGAACGUAAUUGUUUUGAUCAAAGGAUUAUUGAGUAUGAAUUGCUUCGAAAACAUGGUAUUAGGUCGUUUAGAGUUACAUUGGAGGAUGUUGAUGAAGUUAUUACCAAUAAUAAUGGUAAGUUGUACGUCAAAUCCACCAUGGACGAGAUAUCAGUAGUUUAUUAUCGUUCCGGAUAUGGGCCAGGUGAUUAUGACUCCGAUCCACAGAAAACUUGGAACGCAAGAUUGUUUUUGGAGAAGUCUCACGCUAUUAAAUGUCCAUCAAUCUUGACGCAAUUGUCAGGAUCCAAGAAAAUACAACAGCUUUUGACAGACGAAACUGUAAUUAAACAGAUUCUUCCAAAUAUAGCUAAUGAUGAGUUGCAAUCGCUUCUUUCAACCUUUGUGAGGAUACUUCCGUUCGACGAUACUCAACAAGGGCAAGAAGCAGCAAAAUUGGCAUUUCAAGAACCAGAGAAAUUUGUAUUAAAACCUCAAAGAGAAGGUGGAGGAAAUAACAUCUACAAACUGGAUAUUCCUGAAUUUUUGAACAAAAUUAGUAAAAAAGAUUGGGGUGCCUAUAUAUUAAUGGAAUUGAUUAAUCCACAAACUUUUCAAAACAAAAUUCUUCGCAAUGGACAAGUAUACCAUGAAAAUAUAGUAUCAGAAUUGGGUGUAUUUGGAACAAUAGUUUUUGAUGAGCAGACUGGAGCAAUAAAAUGCAAUAAAAAUGCAGGUUGGUUGUUGAGAUCCAAGUUUGAAACUAGUGAUGAAGGUGGUGUUGCUGCUGGAUUUGGUUGCGUUGACAAUGUAUACCUUUACUAA